AUGGCGAUGCCAACAUCUGGCCACCUGUUGCUGCUGCUUGGCCUCUGCUGCACUUUGGUGCAAGCCAGCUACCCACUUAAGAUACUCGGCCUAUUUCCGCACCCUGGCAUCAGUCAUUUUCACUUCUUUCAUCCAAUAAUGCGUGGCCUGGCUGAGAAAGGACAUGACGUUACGGUGAUAAGUCAUUUUCCGGAUAAAAGCCCACCGGUGCGCUAUAGAGAUUUGCCGCUGACGAAUCACGAAACUUUGACGAAUAGUGUGGAUUUAAAGGCGUUUGAAAACAGACAUUUCUACAAUAAAUUCGAGGAAUUCCUUAUGCUGUACAACUGGGGUAAGGAUGCCUGCAAUCACACGCUGCGUUCCGAUGCCUUGGCGCAGGUGUUACGACAGCGGCAACAUUUCGAUGUGAUCAUUAUGGAGCAAUUCAACAGCGAUUGCAUGGUAGCGGUGGCACAUCAACUCAAGGCGCCAUUCAUAGCGUUGAGUAGCUGUGCGAUGAUGCCUUGGCACUACGAACGCAUGGGCGUGCCCAUGAUACCAUCAUCUAUACCGACACUCUUCAUGGGACAAUCGGAGUCGAUGAGCUUUGUCUAUCGCCUAGGCAACUGGUUCAUCUUCCACAGCAUGCGUUUGCUUUAUGAUUUCAUCACCACUCCCACAAUCGAUGCCAUGGUGCAGUACAAAUUUGGUCAUGACCUACCCUCCGUUGCUGAAUUGGCUAAGCAAACUUCAGCAUACUUUGUGAAUCAGCAUUUUUCACUGAGCGGCGUCAAGCCAUUGCCACCCUCUGUCGUCGAGCUUGGCGGCAUACAUAUACAAAAGGCCAAGCCGCUGGAUGCUGAGCUGCAAAAGUUUAUCGACAAUGCCGAGCAUGGCGUCGUCUUCAUUAGUUGGGGUUCGAUGAUACGCGCCGAAACUUUACCGCCCGCCAAGCGUGAAGCAAUUUUGCGCGCUGUGAAGCGUCUCAAGCAGCGCGUCAUUUGGAAAUGGGAGAAUAGUACAUUGGAUCACAAGCCGGACAAUUUGUACAUAAGUAAAUGGCUGCCACAACGCGACAUACUCUGUCAUCCUAAUGUGAAAGUUUUCAUGUCACAUAGCGGCUUAAUGGGCAGCUCGGAGGCGGCUUAUUGUGGUGUCCCCGUUGUUGCUACACCCAUGUAUGGCGAUCAGUUUUUGAAUGCGGCGGCUUUGAAGCAUCGCGGCAUGGGCGUAGUGCUGCACUAUGAGGAUAUCACGGAGAAUUCAGUGCUCCGAUCAGUUAGGGAGGUGCUGAAGAAGCAAUACAUGGACAAUGCCAAAGCGGUCUCAUUCUCCUACAAACAUCGACCACAAACUGCGUUGGAAUCCGCCAUCUGGUGGGUGGAAUAUGUCGCCAAAACAGAGGGCGCUCCGCUCACUAAAGCCGAUGCGGUGUUUUUAUCACGCUUUGUUUACUACUCAAUGGAUGUUUAUCUAUUCGUGGGCAUGGUUUUAUUCAUUACGAUACUAAGUUGGAGUUUCAUUUGUGGCAAAAUUUGCGCGCGUCGUCCUAAAAUAGAGAAACAAAAGACUAACUAAACACAAUACCACUUUUUGUGAUAUUUUUGUAGUUGUAAAUAGAUUUCCAGAAUGGCGAUUAGCACAAAAAUUUUAAGUACAAUUAUUUUUGGCGUGGCAUGAGUUUAGUUUAUCAAAUGAAGUUCAAAAGUUACAUAUAAUAAAUAUUAGUGUACGUAAUUAGCGAGAUUCAUAUGUACAUAAAAAAAUGAAACUAUUUUAGAAUGAAAUUACACAACUCAGUUCAAGGAUAAUAAAGUACAAAAUUAUGAUUAUUUACUACACUUUAUAAUUUGUAGUCGAAUUGGUAGUGGUAAAAUAAAUGGAAAGUGAUUUCAAA